AUGUUUCCAGGAUCCAACCAGGGAAGAACUUACGGCAACCACCAGGGUGGCUAUCCACCCCAACAGGGCGGCGGUUACAACAACUACAGACCUCCACAGGGUCCUCCUCCAGGCCAGUAUGGUGCUCCUCCAGGGCCUCCUCCAGGUCAACAAUGGGGACCACCACAAGGACCACCACAGGGCUACUCCCAGCAGCCACAGCAGCAGCAGAUGAGAUCUAACCAGCUCAAUUCGCCUCAGUUCAUGCAACAGCAGCAACAGUACCAGCAGGCUCAGCUGCAGAGACAUGAACAAAUGACCAACUUCACUAGACAGCAUGGAGGGCAGUCGUUUGAAGGAAACAACGGAGCGGUGCUGGGUCCUACACCGAUGAACCCACAGAGUUUCGGUAACAACUCGAAUAUGACUUUCCAGUACUCGAACUGUACGGGUAAGAGAAAGGCGGUGUUGGUGGGAGUCAACUACUUUGGCACUGCCAACGAGUUGAGAGGGUGUAUCAAUGAUGUGAAGAACAUGAGUCGUUUCUUGAACGAGUACUUUGGUUAUUCGUAUGACGAUAUGGUCAUUUUGACCGAUGACCAGCGUGAGUUGGCUAGAAUUCCUACUAGAGAGAAUAUCCUUAGAGCCAUGCAAUGGCUUGUCAAGGACGCCAGACCGAACGAUUCGUAUUUUUUCCACUUUUCUGGCCACGGUGGUUUGGUUCCUGAUGAGGAUGGCGAUGAAGAGGACGGGUUCGAUUCGUGCGUUUACCCUCUUGACUUUGAAAGAGCUGGCCCUAUUUUGGAUGAUACCAUGCACGAUUUGAUGGUCAAGCCAUUGCCUCAAGGUUGCCGUUUGACUGCUUUGUACGAUGCUUGUCACUCGGGAACUGCCUUGGACUUGCCUUUUGUGUACUCAACAAAGGGUGUGGUGAAAGAACCAAACUUGUGGAAGGACGCUGGUUCGGGCGCCUUGAACGCGUUUAUGAACUACGAGCGUGGUGACAUCGGUGGAGCUAUUUCUGCUGUUAGUGGCAUUUUCAAGAAGGUUUCGAACUCCAAGAGCGUGGAUCGUGACGCUAUCAUCAGAAGUAAGAUGUCUGCUGCCGAUGUUAUUUCCAUGUCGGGAUGUAAAGACGACCAGACCUCUGCUGAUGCCAAAGAGGCCGGCCAGAACACCGGUGCCAUGAGUUGGGCGUUUAUUUCUACAUUAAAAGCCACCAACAACCACUCGUACCUUUCGCUUUUGAACCAGAUGAGAGACUUGCUUUCUAGAAAGUACUCCCAGAAGCCUCAGUUGAGUUGCUCGCAUCCUCAGGACAUGAACUUGAAGUUCAUCAUGUAA